UAUUGCUCUUACCUUGAACUUCAACCAUGGCAAUGCAAACCAACCCUGGCACGACUCGGACUCCGAGCCUCACAGCCCGCAUGGGACUCGCUUGCUACAAAUGCUGCAAAGAAGAAGACGUGAAACUGUCGAGAUGCACGGGCUGCCUGAGAAUUUCGUACUGCAGUCCACGGCAUGUUAGGACGACUGGCGCACCCACAAGCCCGUCUGCAAAGCAGUCAGCAGCAUCGAAAAGAACCCGAUCGCAUUACCGACGCUCUUGUCUGAGGCCACGACGGAUCUUGAAGCUCUACGUGUCGUUGGAAAGGCUCACGGAAAUUACAUGACAUCGUCUCUUCAAAGGAGCCUGGGCCGACCAUUGGAGGCUCCAGAGUUGAGUCUGGUUGGAUGGGAACCGAGAUGUAUGGGAUGUACCCGCACUGAGCAACGUCUCCGCAUUGAAGCUGCUCAGAACGGAUCGACAUCGACAUCGACGUCCAGUGCACCGCGCCUGAUCCCCUGUCCCGCGUGCAACCUCAGCUUCUGCUGCUCUGCUGCGCACUGGUCAACCGCCCACGCCCUGCAUAACACAGUCUACGAAGAUGGCCCCGAUGGGCUGUCACAAUGUGCGCUCAAUCAACAGAUUCGUGGAGAUGUCAACUUUGAGAAUACCAUGAUUAGUACGGGGCACGAUCCCGACGGAUUGUUCGUGUGGGCUCCCGAGCGUCUCUGUCCGGCAUUCCGAACGCUCGCGGGAGCUGGGGGCUGGGAGCAGGAAUUUGGGGAGAUGAUGCGCAAGGAUGUGGGUAUUCCUUCUCACCGUCCGAUGGGCCCGUGGAUUCGUGCAAUGUCCGUUCAUAUGUCGAUGCCCAUGACGAUUCUGCAUGUGCUUGAGACGUUCGAUGGAGAAGAUCUCGGGUGGACCAAGAGAAAAGAGUUGACCAUUCAUCUCCUCGGAGCGUUUAUGAACGAGAUCGUGGGUGGGAUGGUUUUCGAGGAAAUAUUACAUCGGUUGCCUGGGCUUCAGACUCUCAAGUUGGUGCUAUGCGGCCCACAGAUGCCAGGGGGUGCGUUUCCACGCGAAAUUCCUAUGGGAACUUGCCCUAAGUGCUCGAAACGCGGACGAAAGCGGAUCCACGAGCACACUGCUGACACCUAUCAUUCAUACGUUCGCAAACAAGGCACAAAAUAUACACGCCCUGACCUUGCCAUUGCAUUCAAUUCGGGAGCGUCGCAAGAGUCCCUCCACACUUGGCCUGAAACUCUCAAGGUGCUGAUCGACAAGAAGGUGCCCUCAGUGUUUACGGCUUAUAACAAGGAAGAGGCCGAAGGCGAGGCAGCACUAUUGCGUGAAGCAGGAGCGAAGUUGAUUCCAGAACUCGGACCAUGCAAGAAUCCAUGGGCGAGUAUGAAGCUGAUUGCGGAGCCAAAUCACGUGUAUGGUUACACUGCCGUGAAUGGAUGGUUUGCUGGGGGUUUCAAGUCUGGAUAAAAGGAUGAUUGAAUAAUCAGUAGUUACGUUCAGUAAAUACCGCUUCCACAGAUCCAUCACUGAAUGGAGUAUUUUUUGGACACCCUACACAAUCUGCUUCGUUUCAAGUGCACAGGCUCAGUGCCGGUCAAUCAUCGAUGCGUCUGUGUCACGCGUGACCAUGCAAACGAUGGCAUCACCGUCACCCACUGCACCAAGUCUGACCCCUUCGCUGUCCUAUCAUGUUCCCGCUGAUAGAAUGCCCAUCCUGCUCUCCUUCUCCACAAAAGCGACGAAAAACGCUCCGGAAAACCAUCGACUAGCACCACACAGAAGCUACAGCAUCCAGUUCCGUCAUCAACAGCCUGAGACCCAUCUCUGUACUUUCACGUAUCGUGCACGUCCACACCUUCGCGAGCGGCCGCUCGACUCAGUCCAGGGAUGCACGCUCGUGUUCACAUGCCACGCCCAUAUACAGGCUGGUGAUGCAGGAGCAGACGCUUUGGCAUAUGCCGACGCCGCACACGAGUACUGGUCUCACCGAAGACACUUCCUGCCGUACCAGAGCCCGAGCGCGCCGGCAAUGCUCCAUCGAAUGUGCAUGCGCAUGCGUAUACUGUUGGGACACAAAACCUCAUUCAAGCUCGACGCGCUCAUGUCGAAGGCGUGCGGGAGCAGAUUUAGGAGAUUACAGUUGGGGCGGUCGCGUCUGAAUGCGUGAAGCUUGUCUGGGCUGGUCGAAGGCCACCGGAAGCUGCCGGACUUGGGGAGAUUGGGCAUCGAUGGGAGUGAGAAACGGGGAGGGAUACCGGGGGGUACGGCUGCCGCUCUACUGACAGCUCGCCUGGGUGGGCGGCAUCGACGCCGACGGAUCUCUGUGUGCGAGACUUCCCGGUCGACUUCGCCGCAGCCCAGGGACUGACUCGACUCGACAUCGCCCCAUACCUCUUCCGAUCCGUCCGGCUCCACGACGUUGUCUCAACCGCUGUCCACCCUCCAGGCCUGUCCGGAUCUCGAAGUUCUCAGGCUCAGAACGAACGCUCUAUCUGCGUCAGCUGGAGUGACACGCCCCGCUGCUAGGCUCCCCAAACUCGAGUUCCUGUGGAUUCAAGAGGAAAUCGACACCUCCGCGAACCUUUUGACGCAAUCGAGCCUUCUUCCAAACACGCGCCUACACAUCUUGGACUUUGGGGUGUUCCGCGGUGUAGAUAUUUCAGAUCUGCUCGUUCCCAUACGCAAACGUGAAUUCUGGCGCACCCAAUUUGCGGGCACUCAGCAUCCCAUCGUAUGUCAACGAAGACGGUCGACGUUCCCAUCUAAGCAUCCGCGUAUUCAUAUCUUCUGGGACGAAGAUUGACACGGAUCUUGUGCAGCUGGUGCUCAUCAUUCAUCACGCUAAUGAGGCUGCCCUUUGCUCGAUCGUGACGAAGAGCCUCAAGACGUUUCCGACCAACGACAUGACCUACCUCGACGCACGGGUAAAUGGCCAGUCAAUCAAGUCCUGGAAGACGGCACUUAAGCUCUUGCCCGCUCUGGAAUCUAUCUCCCUUUUCGCUCUGUGCUGAAUCUUGCUCCUCCGCCCGAUGCUGUGCGGCUUGGGCCGCGUCCUCAGGGUAUCCUUGACUCGUCUGCAGAGCAAUGUGUCGGAUGGCGGACUUGAUUCCGUCCUCCUCGAUGGCCGCAAAGAAGCACAAGGCACCGUCGUUGUGCUCUGGGUUUUUCGUCGGUCGACAAGAUGUUUGAGCGUAGGCACGAGUUGGAGGAGGUGCACGUCGAUGAUCAGCUCUCGGAGGUCAAGCGGAAACGCGAGUCGUGGGACCGGUUGUAUGCCCCGGUGAAGAAUCUCAAGGAGUUGGAGGAACGAUGCCUAUCCCGACAGUAUCGCGCACUAUCCAAUCAUUGGAGGAAACAGCGGAGAGAGCUCUUCGAGAGGAUCGCAGCUUCCUGAGCGAGCUGCGAUCCUUAUGAAGAGUACGGUGGUUUCUGGGUGCAAAGCACUGAUUGUACACAGAAUCCCAGAGCUAGUUGAUGCCUAAUUUACCGCUGCACGGUUCAUGUAUGUCGUCCUAGCGACCGGUCACGCAUCACUGGCCUGAUCCGACCCCCCUGCCUUGCAAAAUUUGCCAUGGCCCUGUGUCAGAGCGCACGGUUGGCUGGGAUCGCACCGGCGAUCCAAAGGUCCUUUGAAGCCCGGGCUUACAUUCACCUUCUUCCCUUCGAGUGCAUGUACGCUCCACCAUGCCGCGUUACCACCACCCACGAUGCCGACGCAUUCGGCUUUGGGGGAGAUGAUCGGAGUCAGAAUGCUCAACGCUUGCUCUUCAACGAGUGUAGGACGCGCUUUUGCAUGGGUCUGGCUUUCAUCCCCGCUAUCUUCUCUCGUUGCAGGGCGGGAACCUGAGCCCCGAUACCCGGCACUGCGUUGAGCACGGACUGGCGACUCGAGAGGGCAUGUGGAUCGAGGGCGCGAGGGGCAGCGAAUGUAUUAUAACAUGGGCAUCAUUUGUUUCGGACGGGCGAGGGUAAGCCACGAGCCUCGACUUUGCAUGCGUAGGGUGCUGUAAUGGGGUGAAAUCUCGGUUGUUGGACAUUUGAUAUGCUUAUAGGAAGCGCCGUACGUUGUCCUAUUAUCCGUAGUUCUGUCGGGCUAUCGGACUCGGGUAUCAGCCUUCUCUUCAUGCACUCGGAGCCAAGCCCCACAGAAGGACUGUGAAAUACGAGCGCAACCAACGACAUUCUGCAGAAAUGACAAUCAGAGCGCCGCCACCGCGCCUUCCAUUGCGUGGGCCGAGGAUGGAAGGAAUGGAAUGUUCCGUCGUCCGCGGCGAUGUGUUGCAUAUGCCCCUUUGCUCCGCGCUUUAUAUUCUCGAACGGCACAGGAUGUAUGGAUUCGCCUACGAUCUCACUCUGCCCGUGCCUGGCUCUCGCUUUUCCCGCCUCCAUCCGAACCCGCCGCCCUAUCCGCCGGGCUCUCCUCUUCCCCCCUCUCCUCUCCUCUGCCCGCCCAGCAUUAACCUCCGCCACUCUGUCGUUCCCACAGAUCAUCCCGAUGGCCGAUUUUGAAAAAGGCGACGACGACACGAUGUCGUGGCAGCAUUGCAAUCCGUCGGAUUUCCGGCAUUCGCUCGACGGCACCGUCAAGGCGACCACGACCGCAUCCCAUCUCGCCAGCUCAUCGUACCACCUCAAUCAUUCGCCGCAGUUUCCCGAAGGAUGCGCACAGGGCUAUUUGACCGUGUUUGGAGCCUUCGUAGCGCUGUUUUGCACGUUUGGACAGAUGAACACGUUCGGCACGUUCCAGGCCUGGUAUUCACAGCAUCAGCUCAGUGCGCUGGAGCCGUCGACUAUUGCGUGGAUCGGGUCGCUGCAGCUGUGGAUAUUCUUCUUUUCGGGCGGACCAAUCGGGCAGGUGUUCGAUGUGUAUGGCCCGCGGUGGAUCAUGCUUGCGGGGACAGUGAUCUAUGUGCUGGGGAUAAUGUUAACGAGCAUCUCGACGCAGUAUUACCAAUACUUGCUGGCACAGGGCAUUCUUUUUGGGCUGGGUGUUGGCUUGAUGUUCUAUCCCUCUUUGUCGAGUGUGUCGACAUACUUUUGCAAGUAUCGCGCCACAGCCCUCGGUGUAGUUGCCUCCGGCUCGAGUCUAGGUGGCGUGAUGUAUCCAGUUAUGCUGCAGCGAUUGUUCGAACGCGUAGGCUUCGCAUGGGGCGUUCGGAUCUCGGGCCUGAUAAGUGGCGCACUAUGUUGUGUGGCUUUGGCCACGGUCACACGCUAUGCGCCUCCAAAACAGCGCGGGGCUGCCUGCCGGGUCAAAGACACUUUGCGCGAUGGUCGGUUCAUGCUGCUCGCGGCAGGGAGCAGUUUGGUCGCUCUUGGUCUUUUUGUCCCCUUCUUUUUCAUCGUCGACUAUGCGCACGAUCUCCACGUUCCCGAAAACAUGACAUUCCCCGUGCUGGCAGUCAUGAACGCUGGUGGCGUUAUCGGCCGAAUCGCCCCAGCUUAUCUCUCUGACACUUUCGGCCGAUUCAACUUGCUCAUCCCCGCUGCUUUUCUCUCCGGUGCACUCUCCGUGUUCUUUUGGCUCUUUGCCCGGUCGCUGGUCUCCUUAAUGUUGUUCGCGGCUGCGUAUGGCUUCACAUCCGGUGCCUUCAUCUCGGUGAUUACACCCUGUGUCGCUCAGAUAUCGGAUAUCAGGCAAAUUGGGAGCCGCAUCGGGCUAUUGUAUACUAUCAUUUCGUUCCCAUCCCUCGCCGGCGGGCCAGCAGCCGGGGCCUUGCUCCAAGCGGGUAAGGGCUCCUACACCGGCACGAUUCUGUUCUCGGGAAUCGCCGUCAUGCUCGGGUCAUUUGUCAUCCUCGCCGCGAAACUCAAGAUUGAUUCGAGAAUAUUCGCGCGCGUCUAAUGUAGAAGUUGCUCAUCACGAUUACGCAAAGUCAAAGCCUCUCCGCCUGCCAGGGUCGACGCGAGCUUGCGCCUACCUCUAAAUAACGCUGUGCUGGCGGUGAAUGGCUGUUAUGCUUAUUACGACUCGGCGGGCUACGCCCUCGAGAUGUGGCGGUCGGGGCUGGCGGCACUGUGGAUCCUUGCCUCUGAGAUGUAUAAUGUACAUUAUGAAGGACCUCAUGUUCAAUUGAUUGCAUGCAUGCAUUGACUCAUCUUCCACGCACAAACCCGUCAUCACUCGUGAGCCU